UUCCAGUAUUUCAUUGGCGUGACUGUGCUGGCCAUGGUGCCCGAGAUUCCGGAGUUGAUCAACGGGAUCCAAUUUGCUUUGCAGAACAAUCUCAGUUUGAGCAUUGAGAUCGGGAACUGCAUCGCUGUUCAAGUCUGCAUGUUGCAAAUACCUAUCCUGGUGCUCUUCACCGUAUUUUACCCCACCGACUUCAUCCUGGUCUUCAGCGACCUCCACGUCUACGCCAGCAUGUUCAGUGUGGUGCUCAUGAAUUACAUCUUCAUGGAUGGCAAGUGUGAUUACUUCCAAGGUGAGAACUUUUGACGGACAUUGAUUGCAAGAGAAGAUA